CCUCCUCCUUCGCUCGGUCCCUCUGUAUUUGGCACUGUUUCCUAAGCUGUAUGAUAGCUUCUGCAACCUCCUUCAUUCAUUCAAUUGCUAAACGGACAUGCGUGCCUUGAGCUUCCCGGGAAUCCCCCGGAAUAAUGUUUUAUGGACAUGCCGUCGGUGUCUAUCAAUCCCGAAGGUGUAUUCUCGAAGGUCAGGAAGGGGAGGGAAGAUGCUGAUGGGCGCGGCAGCUGGGACGGCGCUGGGUGCUGUAACCUUUGGGACACCGGAUGUGGGACAUAGUGUUGCGGCUGUAGAAAGAGCUACUAGGGUCGCAAGCACACUGGCGUUGUGUAUUAAUGAUUACCGCGUUACUCUAAAAUCCUUGGAGCUCGAUCCGAGCGACGGUGACGGGCUGUUGGCGAAAUGUCAUAAAAGAUGCGCUGAGAGGACUUAUAAGGUUCUCGAGAAGAACGGUUCAAUAUUCAUUAAGCUCGGACAACAUCUUGCAGCCAUGGGCUACUUAUUACCCGCUGAGUGGACGGAUACCUUCAUCCCCCUACAAGACCGGUGCCCAGUCUCAAGUUUCGAGAGUAUCGAAAAGAUGAUAUUGGACGAUACUGGACAGUCCAUCACAGAUUUGUUCUCUGAAUUUGAUCCAAAUCCUAUUGGAGCUGGUGCGGUUGAGUCCUUUUCAUCCCGGUUAUCGGUUGUACGUAGACAGAAGCUGAGUGUGAAACUACAACACCCGGCAUUGGCAGAAUGGAUUCCCUUGGAUAUGGCAUUAACGAGGUUUACUUUUACAAAUAUUAAAUACUUCUUCCCGGAAUAUCCUAUGACCUGGUUAAGUGAUGAGAUGGAAGCAUCUCUCCCACAGGAACUCAAUUUUGAGAUGGAAGCAAAGAACAUAUUCCGGAUCAGAGAAUAUUUUGAGGGUGUCAAAAACACGCCCCUUGUUAUCCCAAACGUUAUAUGGGCCAAGCCACGGAUCUUGGUAAUGGAAUAUCUCCCCGGACGCCGUUUAGAUGACCUUGCCUUCCUCGACUCAAAUGGUGUUUCUCGCGAGGAGGUUUCUGUUGCCCUCGCCCGGAUAUUCAAUGAGAUGGUUUUUGGGAAGGACGCACCGCUUCAUUGCGAUCCACACGGCGGUAACCUCGCUAUCCGCCUAGCGGACCCAAAUAUCAACAGCAGAAGCUGGAUUAGGAGAAUCUUUGGUCGCCGGAGAAAAACCAACUUUGAAAUCAUCCUGUAUGACCACGGCCUUUACCGGGACAUUCCAAUGCAAAUGCGUCGCUCCUACGCGAAGCUUUGGCUCGCCGUAAUCGAUGGUGAUGAAGCCCGAAUGAGACAGUACGCCAGCGAAGUCGCUGGGAUAACGGACGAGCAAUUCCCGUUAUUCGCUUCUGCGAUCACUGGGCGAGACUAUACGGCGCUACAAAAAGGCAUAGCAAGUCCACGAGACGAGAAUGAAAAAGAAAUUAUCACUGAAGCUCUUGGCGAGGGACUCCUAGCACAGCUUGUCCAGCUUCUCGCCAAUGUCCCCAGCGUUAUCCUCCUCAUCCUGAAGACCAACGACCUAACCCGCAGUCUUGACGAGAACCUACAAGCAGGCACCGGUCCGGAACGUCAAUUCUUAAUCCUAGCGAGAUAUUGUGCAAGAGUAGUAUACGAGGAAGCUGUGGAACUGGGCGGCUGGAACAUCGUAAUUGCAACUGUGGAGUACUGGCGCAUCAGCUUGAAGCUACGAAUCUUCGAGUGGGGUGUUUGGUGGAGGGGUGUAUUUCUUGCCACUGCCUUUGGUGGGGUAAGGCUGUUAGAGGGGUGAAUACUGUUAUUACUAACCGAGGCCUGGUGGGCUAUGGAAUGUGGUAGUUUCCGCGAUCGCAUAUUUAGAUUAGGGGUUGGAGACGCAUAUCAUAUCUUAGAGUGAAGGGGUGUUGGGAGGGGGGAUGGAGAUUGGAAUCUGAUACGAUAGAUAUCGGUUUACUGCAGUGUUGUGGAAAUGUAAUAUUUUGCUGCUGUGUGCUGUGGACUAUAGCGUGGGUCCUGUUCAACAUUGGACAAAAUCUAUUAGAUUAGGUUGGGCAAAGGAGAGGGGUUCUGGGUUGCUACAUUGCUAGAGCAUGGGAGUUUGGGCGCCCACAUGUAGACACUAUGUAUCAUAUCCUAUCAAGCAAGACAAUGACAUUUUGGAUACAUUUUCGGAAA